GCUCCUGUGACUGCCAUGGGGGUCUCUCUCAUCAGUUUACUCAUAGUGUUCAAUCCAAUUUGGGAAUUUAAAAUCGAGGGUAUUGUUCUCUUAGUGGCAUUCUGCAAGAGAAAGGGGAUAUGGUAUGGGGUAGUCAUCAUGGCAAACCCAAUUGCAGCCUUAUUGUCUGUGACAUUCGUGUCCCUUAUUCUACUUCUACUACUGGACUUGUCGUUGGUCUCAAUGAGUCAUCUGGUGGCAAAGUGGAACCACGUACCAGCACAACCACCGACACCAUUCAUAGAAACAACUAGAGUGACAUUGUGGGUGCGUGGAGGUGGUUUCAUCCUCAUCGACGGUGGAGACAAGAUCAAGGACUGGACCAACGCGGUCUUCGCACAUGAACCAAUGUGGGCCAGUUGCAUCGAUAAAGUAGCAUCACCGGCUUAGGAAGUAAGUUCCUCUGUUUAGGUGUAUUGA